GGUUUCAUAAAAAUCAGAGAGACAAAAAAAAAGUAGUUUGGAGAAUUAAGAAGAACAAAGUCUAUUCGAGACGAAGAAGAACCUCAAGAAAAUCAUCAUCUCAGGUUAAUAAAAAAAAGAUGGGUUAUUGGAAAUCUAAGGUUGUUCCAAGGAUGAAGAGAUUGUUCGAGAAGAGUCCAGCAAAAAAGGAAGUUGUUGAGGAGGAGAAGCCACGAGAGGUGGAAGUUGUGGAGGAGGUCGUCGUGAAAACCGAAGAACCGGCCAAGGUCGAAGAAACCAAACCGGAGGAAAUUGCAACCGGAGAGAAAGAGAUAGAAAUAGUUGAAGAGAAGAAAGAAGAGGCUAAACCCGUGGAGGUUCCGGUCCCGGAGGAGAAGAAGACUGCGCCAGUGGAAGAAAAGAAGCCAGCUGUGGAAGAGGAGAAGAAGCCUGCCGUGGAAGAGAAGAAACCUGUGGUGGAGGAGAAAAAAGAAGUUGUUGCCGCGGUUCCGGUGGCUGAAACUCCUUCGACCAAGGCUCCCGAAACUCCAGUGGUUGAAACUCCGGCCAAGGCUGCGGAAACUCCGGAAUUUUCUUCAUGGUACAUUUUUCUACAAAAAUAUUGAUUGUCUUUGUGUGGAUAAUUUAUUUUCUGUGUUUAUUUGUUUUAUUAUCCAUGUGAAAUUUCUCUAUAACAUUAAUUUGCUUGCUUGAAUUAUAUAUUUUAUGAUCCAAAUCUUAUU